AUGGGCUUCAAACGGCGCCGCGAGCACUACAACGUCGACACGAAGCUUGUCGAGAUCUAUGAGGACCUCGCCAGCGAAAAGGAUGAGAUCCGCCUGAAGGCUGCUCAGGGCCUGGUGUCGCAAUUCACACCCGAUAAGGAGCCUUCAGAUGACCAGAUCAAGAAGGUCUUGCUUCGACUCGUCCGAGGUCUUUGCAGUCCCCGCAAGGCUGCGCGCAUUGGGUUCUCGAUCGCCUUGACGGAGGUCCUCACGCAAAUCUUCUCAGUCAAGCGCGAGGACUCGGACAUUACUAUUGAGAAUGUUCUCAGUCUAUGGGAGAGACAGACCAACGCCGCUGGUGGUGAGACGGGCCAGGAACAACGCGACCACCAUUUCGGCCGUCUCUUCGGUGCCGAAGCGAUGAUCAAGUCGAACAUCCUCUUCAACCCUUCCAUGCCGUUCACACACUGGACCAAGGUCAUUGAAAUGAUCUUCGAACUCGCCCAGAAGAAGCCCUGGCUCCGCGAGGAGUGCGGUUGGAUUAUCUACCGCUGUAUAUACGACCUGUCUGCACGCGACAUGGAUGUCAAAUUUGUGGAGGCUGCGUUGAGCCGCCUGUGCGAGUACAAUUUGGCCGCGACCCCGGAGGGUGUUGCGAUCUGGCUGGCUGCCAGGGACAUGUUCCCCAAGGCCAAUUUCCCCAGCAAGACUUGGAAGCACGACGAUCCUCUGGAUCACAAGGAGCGCGGCAGUCUGUCCAAGAUUAUGAAGGAGUCUUCCACGGAGCAGGAGGAUGGUAACAAGGCCAAGUCCUCUGGAGUGUGGAACUCCAAGCUCCACUUUGCCUGGGAAGCUGUUCUGUCGCGUACCAGCGAUGAAAACCCGAAGUCUAAGAACAAGCAUGCUCGCUUGAGCUUUGCCGAUUUCUGGCUUGAGGUUGUGGACAAUGGACUCUUCGCUUCUGCCUCGUCCGAUGAGCGCAAGUACUGGGGUUUCCUUCUCUUCAACAAAGUUCUCAACGAAGGCUCCCCAGAACACGCUUCUCACGUUUUCACCAAGAAUCUGGUCCGCUGCCUGAUGAAUCAGCUCGCUGUUGAAGACCGCUACCUUCACCGCAUGGCCGUUAAGGCCUCCAAGGCCAUUCCUGCCCGCGUGUCUAGGGAGCCCAGCUUCGCUGCAUCCGCCGUCCGUGGCCUGAUCCAGACCAGCGGCACGCUCAAUUUCGACCAGGCUACCAAGACAAAAACUGUCGAGAAGAUAGUGUCCGAGGCCAACCGCGAAGCCCUUCAAGAGAUCGUGCCCAUGCUCGAGCAGUUCCUCAGCCGCCCCGGCACAACCGACGAGAAGUUCGCUUCAUCUAACCGCAACUUCGUCGCUCACCUUCUCCUUUCGAUUGUGCGCUCGAAGGCUACCUCCGGCGACAAGGACUCCGAGGAAGACUGCCAAUCCGUCCUCGAGCAGAUCCUGUCCACCUUCGUGCGCUUCGCCUACUUCAAGGGUGAUGGUGCCCGCGAGCUGGUCCCCGAGCCAGCCUUCACCCAAGCGACACAAGAACUUCUCAGGAACCGAAUCAACUCGUCCUUGAACAGUCUCCUCGCAUCUCAGAAGUAUGCCUCAACUAUCCCCUACGCCGUCGUGCGCCAGAUCCGCGACGGAGCCAAGUCCGAAGAGUACGGCAAGUUCAUUAUCAGCAUCGAUGAUAAAUUGCAGGCCUCUGUGAAGAACGCGUUCAAGGCUCUGAAAAAACUUUCCAGCAAGGAGAAGAAGGGCGAGGCUUCCAGUCUUUCUGCUUUCAAGCUUCUUUACUCUAUGACCGUGUUGCAAGUGUACAGUGGUGAUGCCGACGCCGUGUCUAUGCUGGAUGAGCUGGAGUUCUGUUAUACCAAGUUUUUGGGUGACGAGAGCUCGAAGAAGGAGGAUACUUCUGAUGCCUCUGAUGCUUUGGUUGAAAUCUUGCUGUCCUUUGCUUCGAAGCAGUCGGCUUUGUUCCGCCGUAUGAGCGAGCAGGUGUUUGGUGCCUUUGCCGACCAGGUCACCGAGAAUGGAUUAGAGUCAUUGAUCUCGAUCUUGGAAGCUAAAGAGAGCUUGGCUGGCCAGCAAGAGAUGUUCGACCAGGAUGACGGUGAAGAUGUCGAGGAGGACGAUGAGGAGCAUGACCAUGAUAAUGACAAAGAUGAGGACAUGGUCGACGUUGACGAAAUGGACAGCGAUGUCGAGGUCGUCGAGGCAGGCGAAGGCUCCGAGUCCGAGUCUGAGUCCGAUGAAGAUGAAGAAGAGGACAACGAAGAAGAUGCCGCCGAAGUCGCCGCCUUCGAAGCCAAAUUGGCCGCCGCCCUGGGCACUCACCGCGCAGACGACGACGCCGCCGACUCCGAAUCGGACGCCGACAUGAACGACGACGAGAUGGACCAGGUGGACGAGUCCCUAGCCAACGUUUUCCGAGCCCGCAAGCAAGCUGCCGACCAAAUCAAAGACAAGAAGGACGCUCGCGAGAACAUGAUCAACUUCAAGAACCGUGUGCUCGACCUGAUCGAAAUUUACGUGAAGAAAUGCCACUCCAGCCUUCUCGCCCUGGAUCUACUCCUACCCCUUCUCCGCCUCGCUCGCCGCUCCUCCGUCAAGCAGAUCGCCGGAAAGGCUAACAGCGUGCUCCGCGAGUACACCAAGCUGUGCAAGGGCAAUGCCGUGCCCAAUAUCAACGGCGACGCCGAGCCAGUCUGGGAGCUUCUCCGCGCUAUCCACAAGGAGGCUUGCCACAGCGGACCUCCCGCGCACGCUGCUGCCUCCAGCCAGGCAUCUCUGCUCAUUGUCAAGGUUCUAGUUGCCGACGACAAGGCCUCCAUCUCAGACGUGGUGGACGUAUACGCCUCAACUAGAAAAGAGCAGCUGCGCAGCACCAAGUGCCAUGUGCAGCCAUCCUUCUUCACAGAAUGGAACAACUGGUGUGUAUCAGCUAGCAAGCAGUUGAAGAACUAG